GUUUGUUUCCUGUACAGCCGGCAGUCGCUCUGCACAACAACAUGGCUAUAAGCAGAAAAGACAGCUUCCUCUGGGGAAAAGCAUUUGGACAUUUGGAGAACAAUAAUGGUCCAAUCCCUCAACAAAUGAGGAUGAACUGUGCUCAUACUCCCUGCCUCAUUAAAGGAAGGUUUCUAUUUUCAGCCUUUUCCAUUGACCACCUCUCUAACUGCUGAAUGAUAAAGCUGGGGUGCAAACUGGUCAAUGAGAACAAGCGUGGGUUUGUUCGAACAUGCAUUAAAUGCUACAAAUCUGUCAAUGCUUUUUGUGUUGCACCACAGCUCCACCAAAACACCCAUCAGCUGAGAGGAGGCAGGGCGCCAGGAGCCAUAAACACGAACUGCUCGAUGACCUUCAGAAGCUAAAACAGGAAUUCAGUGAUUCCAUGCCUGAUUCCAGCAACCCUGACCUGAGGUGGCACAGCAAAAGUGUUGUGAGGAACAGGAAAUUUCUACGAGGGAAAAAGAAAUUCAACAUGGACCCAAAAAUGGGUGUCUGUUACCUGAUUGAGCAUGGCUUCCUUGAAUGGCGAGCAGAGUCAGUAGCAGAGUUUCUCUACAAGGAGGAGGGGCUGAAUAAGACCGCCAUAGGCAACUUCCUGGGAGAAAGGGAGGAAAUGCAUCUAAAGACCCUGAAAGUGUUCGUGGGCCUGCAUGAGUUCUCGGACUUAAAUCUAGUCCAGGCGCUGAGGCAGUUUCUGUGGAGUUUCCGCCUCCCAGGUGAAGCUCAGAAGAUUGACAGGAUGAUGGAGGCAUUUGCAACUCGCUACUGUGACUGUAACCCAGGGGUCUUCCAAUCCACAGACACCUGCUACAUCCUGUCUUUUGCCAUCAUCAUGCUCAACACAAGCCUGCACAACCCAAACGUGAAAGACAAGCCAAGUCUGCAGCGCUUCAUCUCUAUGAACAGAGGCAUCAAUAAUGGCGAGGACCUUCCCACUGAGAUACUUACGAAACUGUACGCAAGCAUCCGCAGCGAGCCUUUCAAAAUCCCAGAGGACGACGGGAACGACCUCACUCUGACGUUUUUCAAUCCUGACCGAGAGGGUUGGCUCCUCAAAAUGGGCGGUCGAGUUAAAACGUGGAAGAGACGUUGGUUUAUUUUGACAGACAGCUGCCUGUACUACUUUCAGUACACCACAGAUAAAGAUCCAAUCGGGAUCAUCCCUCUGGAGAACCUUUGUGUUAGAACGCUGCAAGACUCAAGCAAAUCGUAUUGCCUGGAGUUAUAUAACUCCAAAGGACAGAAGAUCAAGGCCUGUAAGACGGAGAACAAAGGCAGAGUGGUGCAGGGCAAACACCAGUCGUAUAAGCUGAAUGCAGCCAGCAGAGACGAAAGGGACGCCUGGAUAGAUGCCAUUAGGGCGAGCAUCACCAAGGAUCCAUUUCACGACCUGGUUUCGAUUCGGAGGAAGAAGGUCACCGGCAACACUUCCUCGUAGGAGCGAAACUGCAGACACCGGAGGAUCUAGGCCGUUUCUUAUUGAAACAUCACAAGCCGCGAAGGCUGCUCUGAUGUUAAUCAUGCAACGUUUCACAGAAAUGAACAAAUUUGGAAGUCGCACUUCAAGUGGCAAAUAGGAACAGUGAGCUAUGUGUGACUUCCAGUGUUAAAGUUUUCAUAUCACUUCUGCAAACUGAAAGCAUUGCUGCUCCCACUUCAAAACUGAAAAUACUUGGAAAAGUUUGGGAGUAGGGUUACAUGCUCCAAAGCAUUAGCAGUGUUUCAUCAAACUGAUCUCAUCCUAAUGGGGUCUCCAUAUGAAGAAAAAGAACUGAAGUCAUUACAAAGAGAUUCAACAAUGGAGCAACGAACACAAAACAACAACAAAGAUAUAAAAACAUAGAAAGCAGAGCAACCAAAAACAAGCUAAAUAACGACAAAGGCAUAGAAAGAUGAACCAGCACACAAUAACUCUCAAAAAUGUGCAAAAUCACUGCAGUGGGACAAAAAAGCAAGAAAAUAUGCUUCAUUUCCUCCUUAAAAAACAAAAAGGAAACAUCAUGGUGAUGCAAAACAUGGAUGCACAAUAUUUCCCAAAGAAACAACUAAUUUUGAAGAAGGACAUUCAAAAUGACCACAAAGGUUGAGGCAUAUUAAUGGCAAAGAAAUAGACACAAAGAAACCACAAAAACAGAAAAAAGAUUAAAUACAAAAACUACAGUAACAUUAAAAGAAGACAAAGACAUAACUGCUGUAAAGAUGGAAAAUCAAAUUUAGACAGUAGGGAAGACAAACCUUUACAGAGAUUAUAAAGCACAAAUAAUAGCAAACGUUUCACAGUAACUACAAAGAAACAACAUAUGCAACACAAAGUGGGGAGGAGGAUAAAAUACCCAGAAAGGCGUAGAAAACAACCACAGUUAAACAGUUAAUGAACACAGAAAUAUAUAUGACCAUGACGAAAACAUUUACCAAAAGACUUAAAAUAACCAGGAACAUUUGGGGAAAAGGGCACAUGGCUGCAAUGACAUGAACACAAAAGUCCUUUUUUUCCUGGGUGUAAAAAUAAAUCCAACUGAUUUAUUCAGGCUGGGAAAAUUUUGUAGCAUUUUCUUUUUUUUUAUGUACAUUUAAUUUUAUAAUUUAAAAAGUAAAAAAAAAAGAUAAAAUUAUCUUUAUCUUCUUUAAUUUAUGGAUCUUUGAAUGUAUACAUUAUAUUUUAUUUGUUAUAUUUUCAUGCUUUAGAUGUAAUUUAAUGACUUCAUAAUAACAUAAUCAAACUUGCCAAAUAAAGUAUAUUUUUGCCCAAA